AUGGCCUCAAUCAGUCCAUUCAAUAUACUUCUCAACAACCUCAGCAAUGAACUAAGCUCAGUGAAUCUGCAAAGUCUGAUUAAUGUUUGCGGAGACCUUAUCUCUGAGAGCGAACGCGAGAGAAUCUCAUCAGGUUGGGAUGUGUUUAAAAUUCUCAUCCAACGAAACGCAAUGGGAGAAAACCAGAUGGGAAUGAAGUUCCUAAUCAGGAUUGUGAAGGAAUUGCGGCCCAAGAGACGAGAUUUGGUCGACAUGGUAAAGAAGUACGUAGAGGACCACUGUGAAGAAUCAAAAGAGAUACUUAAUGACUUGGAAUUUAGCUCGGAUAACUACAAGCUGAUUUUGCGAACUUCAAUGCCUUUUCUUGGAGGGGACAAUCAGUUUAAUGCCCGCUGGGGUUGUAGAUGUAACUGCGAAUGUAAUCAAGGCUGUAGCAAGUAUUGCUGUUUCAGCGUGAUAAUAGCAAUGCUUUUGAUUUUCUCAGUUGCUAUUGCAUUUCAUUUGAUCCGCUUUCACCAACAAAAGCGGUCAGUUACACUGAAGAAGGAGCCAGAAUUUGCCAUUGGAGAAUAUAACGUUACUGCCGAAACUUCAGAAGUCAGUACCGGUCCCAGCUGGGUCUGGCCAGUUAUCAUUACCAGCGUCCUUCUAUUCUCGGCAGCAUGUCUUGUUUUACUUGCAAUUCACCUCAAACGACGAAAAGGAAAACUACCCUGCACAGAUCCUCAAAGUGAUAUCGGCAACUAUGGCAGUCUUAACAGUUCAACAGACUUGACUGAAUCAAGUUCAGCGUGCACAAACAAAAUUGCUCGAAAAAAUGACGGACACAUAUGUUCUUGUUGUUGUGGUCACAUGACAUUCACAUAUUUAUCUGCACCACUGUGUUUAGUCAGUGCCAAAUGGAGGUUCCCUCUACCUGCUGUGGGUGAAACUGAAAACGAUUUGUUAGUCGAGUUUUGA